UGACAGUCUACGUCAUACAUCCGCUGAAUCCGGGUAAUCGGUCUAUCUUUGAAUCAGGGGUUGGUAGUCAAAAAUAAGAAUUGAAGUUUAUUACAAUCUUAUGCAAUGGCGCGUCUAACGUCUCUUGGAUAGCGGUGUGCAGCGCAGAUAAUCCUCUUAUUUCACCGUUAAGACAGGAAACGGCUCACCGGAGCCAAGUGCUGUUUCACCAAACUGCGACAUAGCGUGCACACCAAUUUAUAUUGUGGGAAUAGAAGUACACAUUCCUACGCAGUCUUCGGGAGCAGUGAUCACACAUCUCUCUUUACUUAAGAGACGACAACAAGCGUCAUGCUACGUUUGCCUGUUGUGAAGCGCGCGCUCUCUGGGGUGGCACAGGCCAGUGCCAACCAUGUUCGCACAGCUGCUACAGCAACUGCCACUGCCAGUAACCUUAUUGAGGUAUUUGUUGAUGGAAAACCUCUAAUGGUUGAACAAGGAACAACAGUACUACAGGCUUGUGAGAAAGUUGGAAUGCAGAUACCUCGCUUCUGCUAUCACGAGCGUCUGUCUGUUGCUGGGAACUGCCGAAUGUGCCUGGUGGAAAUUGAGAAUUCACCUAAACCAGUGGCAGCAUGCGCCAUGCCAGUCAUGAAGGGUUGGAAUAUUAUGACCAGCUCAGAGAAAACAAGGAAAGCUAGAGAAGGUGUUAUGGAGUUUCUCUUAGCCAACCACCCUCUGGACUGCCCCAUCUGUGAUCAGGGAGGAGAAUGUGAUCUGCAGGAUCAAUCCAUGAUGUUUGGUAGUGACAGAAGCCGCUUCACAGAGGGAAAGCGAGCUGUCGAGGAUAAGAACAUCGGUCCACUUAUAAAGACCAUCAUGACACGUUGUAUUCAAUGCACCAGAUGUGUGAGGUUUGCCAGUGAAAUAGCUGGUGUAGAGGACCUAGGCACUACAGGAAGAGGCAAUGCGAUGGAGAUCGGAACCUAUGUGGAGAAAAUGUUCAUGUCCGAGCUCUCUGGCAAUGUCAUUGACAUUUGUCCAGUAGGUGCAUUGACAUCAAAACCAUAUGCCUUCACCUCUCGCCCCUGGGAAACAAGGAAAACCGAAUCCAUUGAUGUAUUAGAUGCUGUUGGCAGUAACAUUGUUCUGAGCACGAGAGGAGGGGAGAUCAUGAGAGUCCUACCGCGACUUCAUGAGGACAUCAACGAGGAGUGGAUCUCUGAUAAGACCAGGUUUGCAUAUGAUGGUUUGAAAAGGCAGAGGCUUACACAACCCAUGGUGAAGGAUGCGUCGGGGCAGCUUGUAACCACUUCAUGGGAAGAUGCUUUGACCCAAGUGGCAGGAAUUCUACAAGGAUCUGAAGGCAAUAAAACGGCUGGUGUUGCUGGUGGGAUGGUGGACGCUGAGGCUCUGGUCGCUUUAAAGGACCUCCUCAACCGUCUCAACAGUGAGAACCUGUGCACUGAAGAAAUCUUCCCCAUGGCUGGAGCUGGAACGGAUUUGCGUUCAAACUACUUGUUGAACACCGGCAUCAGUGGGAUUGAAGAGGCUGACCUGGUUCUCUUGGUUGGCACCAACCCACGCUAUGAAGCUCCUCUCUUCAACGCUCGCAUCAGAAAGGGUUGGCUUCACAAUGAACUUCAGGUUGCACUAGUGGGGCGAGAAGUGGACUUGAGCUACACAUACAACCAUCUUGGAGAAUCAACCAAGGUGCUGCAAGAUAUAGCAGCUGGGAAGCACUCCUUCAGUAAGGUUCUUGCCCAAGCAAAGCGUCCAGUUGUGGUGGUUGGCAGUGCUGCCCUACAGAGAGAGGAUGGUGCGGGCCUACAUGCAGCUGUGUCCACUAUUGCUCAGAAUGCCCGAGUUACUAGUGGCGUUGAGGAUAACUGGAAAGUCUUAAAUGUACUUCACAGAGUGGCUAGUCAAGUGGCUGCACUGGAUCUAGGUUAUAAACCAGGAGUAGAGGCUAUCAGGCAGGAUCCACCCAAAGUUUUAUUUCUGCUUGGGGCUGAUGCUGGCUGUAUAACAAGACAAGACUUACCAAAGGACUGUUUUGUUAUCUAUCAGGGGCAUCAUGGUGAUGUGGGAGCAAUUAUGGCAGAUGUGAUACUACCAGGGGCAGCAUACACAGAAAAGUGUGGUACCUACGUUAACACUGAAGGUAGAGCACAGCAGACUCAUGUGGCUGUUACAGCUCCUGGAUUUGGAAGGGAGGAUUGGAGAAUUAUCCGGGCCAUCUCAGAGCUGGCAGGUGCGACCCUGCCAUAUGACACACUAGAUGAGGUGCGUGACAGACUGGCUGAAGUGUCACCAAACCUGGUGCGAUAUGAUGAUGUGGAAGAAGCAAACUAUUUCAAACAAGCCAAUGAACUUUCUAAGACCAUGAAUCAGACCCUGCUCACAGACCCCUUGGUUCCUCCUUUACUCACAGUGAAGGAUUUCUACAUGACAGAUUCCAUCAGCAGAGCUUCUCAAACAAUGGCCAAAUGUCUGAAGGCUGUGACAGAGGGAGCACAAGCGGUGGAGGAACCCAAUAUAUGUUAACGUGUUCUCUGCAUUUCAGUUCAAUCUUACAAUACAGCACAGCUUCACAAGGACACACUAUACCUACAGAGUUAUGUAGACAUAUGUUCACAUGCUGUAGCCUCAAUCAUCAACCUACUAAUUGCUCCAGUGGCAUUCUCUAAACUGAUCACUUAUCGUCUGCUUGUUGUACAGCACAAAAAUUUAAAAAGUGAACUCAAUAUCGUAUUUUAAAUAGUUUUGUGAACUUUAAAUGUAAUAAUAAAUUAUAUUAUUAAAUAA